GUUAACAAUGAAAUUUGCGAAACAUAAAUGGUGAGAUACAUAUUUUGCUAAAAACGUGAGGGGGGUUUAAAGCAAAUAAACUAAAAAAGGGAAAGUUUUCGCUUUCCAAGUGGGGGUCAGGGUCAUUACAAAACCCAGGUAAAGAGAUUCGAUUAGAUUAGAUAAGGAUUGUGACAGUCUAAAAAGGGUGAGAGCGAAAUUAGGGUUACAAACACAUAAGAUUACAUUACUACAUGAAUAGAAUAGAAUAAUAAUGGAAUUACAGUGUAUGCGUGUGUAUAUGUAUAUUUUAAAUGUAGUUGAGUAGUGAAAAUGAAAGCAUUGCCGCGAAAUUCGGGAAAGCGAGAAGAAAAAAGUGUGGUUUUUCCUCAAGAAAAAGAAGAAACAGCAGCAGAUGAUUCAAGUUGAUAUGGAGAUGCGAGCCCUAAACGGAACCUUCUCCGUACUCUAUCUCUUCCUCCUCUUUAUCCUCGUCCUCUGUGUUCUAUAAAUUCUUCUUAUACUCUCGUUAAUCAUCUGAUUUGAUACUUUACUUUUGGGAGGAAAUUGAAGUUUUGUGUUACUUUUUGUCGUUUCAAACAUGGGGGUUUGUUCCUUUUUGUUCAGACCCUCGUCGAUCGAAUUAACCAUGGGAUUCAUGUGGCAUAUGAUCUGAAUUGUAUCUCUUUUUGGUGGUUAAACCCUGGAUCUCGUUUGUUUGAUGCUCCAAUUGAUUUUGGGAACUUCUAUUCUCGAUGAUUCUGGUAUUGGUUAGCUAGGGUUACGUUUUGUGGGGCUUUACAUACGGAUAUUGAAGCUAAGGAAGAAAAAAAAAACACUUUCUAUUUGUUGUUGUGGUGGUCUUAAAUCUUCUAGGGGCUCUCUAUGUGUGAUUAUAGUAACAAGAUCUGUGUACAUACAUUCCUAAUUUGAGAUUUUUUCGUGAUUUCAAGGAGACCUUUUUGUUCCUUUCUUGAAUCUUUCCAUUUUCAAAAGAAAAAAACCAUCUUAAUUAACUUCAUAGGCUUGUUAAACAGCCUCAAAACUUCCAAAAAAAACCCAAGUUGUUUUUUUAGUUUUUGGGUUUUAAACUUUUCUGUUUCUUAGUUUCGUAGGAUAGGAGGAGAAUUGGGAAUUGGGGUGUGAGGUUUUGAUGGGAGUUGCUGAUAACACACUACUAGAUUUGAUUGAAAAGGUUAGAUCUUGGAUUUAUUGGGGAGCAAGUGACCUAACUUCCAUCUCCGGCGAAGUCAAAAUGGCUGACGGUGGUCAAACCAUGUGUUGCCAAUGCGAAAUCAAAGUUUCUGAGUCUUGCCUCGGUUAUCACUGUCAGAAAUGUAGCCGAUUGUUUUGCGAGAGGUGUGUGCAGGGCUAUGGCUAUGGCUCUUUUGUUGUUGUUGAAUCCAAAAGUGGCACGCAAGCUGGACUUCACCUCCGAUCUUGCAGAUUUUGUGGAAAUCUUGAUGUUAAACAAAAAAUUGGGGGAAAAUUUAGUCAUAAGAUAUAUCCUUCUGAUUCACCUCGUCAAAGCCCAGAACCACCUUCACCAAAUUGUAUCAGGAGUGAUGAAGAUGAAACAGGGGAUUCUUCAAAGAACGUGUUCAGCCCGUAUAGUCUUGAUACUUCAGAUGUAGAUUCGAGUAGCGUCAAUACAAGCCAUGAAUUUUACAAUUUCAGUCCCUCUAGGGUUCACUUUACAUCCAAUAGACUUAGGAGGCAUUCUGUACAGCAAGAAGAUCAGGGAACUGAGGAUCCUGCUAACGAUGAUCUGUCAGUAUUUGAUGACACGUCACACAACAAGCCAUUAGAUCUUGAAAACAAUGGUCUUAUUUGGUUUCCUCUGCCACCAGAUGAUGAAGAAAUCAGUUUCUUUUCAUACUAUGAUGACGAUGAUGAAAUCGGACCCACAGGUGCUGUUUUCUCAUCUAGUGAUACACUUCAAAAUGGCCCAAAUUCAGAGCACAAGAAGCCAUUGGAGACUGUAGUUCAAGGGCAUUUCAGGGCUCUUGUUUCACAGCUGUUACAAUCAGAGUUCAUGGAAGCAGAUGAAUGGCUUGACAUAAUAACAUCAUUAGCAUGGCAAGCAGCAAACUUUGUGAAACCAGACACCAGUAGAGGUGGCAGUAUGGAUCCUGGUGAUUAUGUAAAAAUUAAAUGUAUAGCAUCUGGAAGUCCUCACGAAAGUUUAUUUGUUAAGGGAGUAGUUUGUACAAAAAACAUAAAGCACAAACGGAUGACAUCACAGUACAAGAAUCCAAGGUUGCUUAUUUUAGGGGGAGCACUCGAGUAUCAAAGGUCUCAUAAUCAGCUUGCUUCCAUUGAAACCCUACUGCAACAAGAAAUCGAUCAUUUGAAGAUGAUUGUUUCAAGAAUAGAGGCACGAAGACCAAAUGUGUUAUUGGUAGAAAAAAGUGUAUCUUCAUAUGCACAAGAGUAUCUUUUAGCCAAGGAGAUUUCACUGGUUUCAAAUGUUAAAAGACCUUUAUUGGAACGUAUAUCCAGGUGUACAGGUGCUCCUAUAACCCCAUCUACAGAUAAGAUCUCCACCACACGAUUAGGUCAAUGUGAGCUUUUUAGAUUGGAAAAAUUCUCUGAGGAUCAUGAAGCAGAGAAUCAGUUCUCCAAGAAGCCAUCCAAGACCUUGAUGUUCUUUGAUGGUUGUCCCAGGAGGUUGGGUUGCACUAUCUUGCUAAAAGGCUCGCGUCGUGAAGAUUUAAAGAAAGUCAAACAUGUUAUUCAGUAUGCUGUCUUUGCUGCUUAUCAUUUGUCACUGGAAACUUCUUUCUUGGCUGAUGAGGGUGCUAGUUUACCUAAAAAGACAGUAAUGCCCGAAAGGUCAAAUCUUGAAAUUACGGAUUCGCCCAGAUCUGAGGGAGAUGAUGUGGCUGCUGAGUGUCAAAGUCAAACCUCAUGUCAGAUGAAGGAUGGAAGUGUCAUUACACAGUGUGAUGACCCGUUAGACUGUUCUUUAACAGUUAGUGUGGAAGAAAAUGAAGUGGAAAAGGGUGAAAGCCUUGAAGUAAUUGAUGCCUCAAAUGAAUACUAUUCAGCAACCGACAACAAUCAAAGCAUAUUAGUAUCGUUUUCUAGCCGAUGCGUGUUAAAUGGUAACAUAUGUGAACGAUCAAGACUCUUGCGUAUAAAAUUCUAUGGCUGCUUCGAUAAACCACUUGGGAGGUACCUCCAAGAUGAUCUUUUUGAUCAGACAUCAAAUUGUAGAUCAUGCAACGAAACAGCUGAAGCCCAUGUGGUAUGCUACACUCACCAACAGGGGAAUCUAACAAUUAAUGUUAGACGACUUCCAUCCCUGAAGCUACCAGGUGAAAAAGAAGGAAAGAUAUGGAUGUGGCACAGGUGUCUGAGGUGUGCCCAUGUGGACGGGGUCCCACCUGCAACUCAUAGAGUGAUCAUGUCUGAUGCUGCAUGGGGUCUCUCUUUUGGAAAGUUUUUGGAACUUAGUUUUUCAAAUCAUGCAACUGCCAAUCGUGUUGCAGGAUGUGGUCAUUCUCUUCAACGAGACUGCCUACGUUUCUAUGGCUUGGGGAGUAUGGUGGUGUUUUUCCGCUACUCUCCUAUUGAUAUUCUUUCUGUACGGUUGCCACCAUCUGUACUACAGUUUACUGGUCAUGUUCAACAAGAUUGGUUAAAGAAAGAAGUAUCAGAGUUUUUAAACAAGGCGAAAGCUUUGUAUAAUGAGAUAUCUGAAGUAUUACAUCGGGCCAAAGGAAAUGAGGCUUCAGAUUCAAGUGAGUUGAGUAAACAUGUGGAGGAGUUGAAAGAUUUGCUAAUUAAAGAAAGAGAUGUUUACAUGGAUCUGCUUCAACCUUCUCAUGAUGAGAGUGUGGCUGAAAUAGACGUGUUUGAGCUUAACCGAUUGAGACAUUCUCUCACGAUUGGUCUGCAUGUUUGGGAUCGAAGGCUCUCCUCUCUAAAGGGUUCUAAUUCCAAAGAUGCUGUUGAGGUCAAACACAGGAGAAGUUAUUCAACUUUUGCAGGAAGUGUUGACCGAAUCAAUGAAUCAGACUACAAUCAAAUCGAAUCCAAUGAAGAAACCGAUGACUCUGAAUCCUUUCUAUCUGACAAAAUCGAUUCUGCAUGGACAGGACCCUUGAGAGCUUCAUUUGAUGUUUCACCAAUAGAUGAACAUGAACACGAAAGAAGAAACAAACCUGCAAAUCCACAUUUCAGAAGGCUAAUUUCAUCACCUGCUAGGGUUUACUCAUUCGAUUCUGCAAUGUCCCUUCAAGAACAAAUCCAAAAAGAACUUCCACCCUCUUUGUCUUUUCAAGAUACCAAACAUUAUAAAGACCCCAUCCGCAACAUAUACAGGAGUUACUCUCAAGUUUUCCCCAAUGAAGAUCAAAAGUUGGAGUUUUUAUGGAGGAACAAACCGAUGUUCAUUUCACCACCAUCUUUUCUCCCAGAAGGUGCCCAUUUAAUGCUUCCUUAUGGCACCCAAAACACGGUCAUUACAGUAUAUGACAACGAGCCCACAAGCAUCAUAUCAUACGCCCUUGCUUCAAAGGAAUACGAAGAAUGGUUCAUAGAUAAACCGUAUCUCAAUAGAAACCAUUCUGUUUCCGUUUCUAAGCUUUCAGGCUGGCAAUCCUUCGGAUCUGUUGAUCUUGACUACAUCCAAUACUCAAACUACAAAUCAGAAGACCUUUCAACCGGAAUCGGAUCGUUGUUUUCCGAUUCCAAAAGCUCCCAUCAUUUAACAAUUCCAUUCGAGGACGAAAAGGUGAAAUUCUCAGUGACUUGUUACUUCGCGAAACAAUUCGAUUCCUUAAGGAAAAAAUGUUGCCCUAGCGAGCUCGAUUACAUGCGUUCGUUAAGCCGAUGCAAGAGGUGGAGCGCCCAAGGCGGGAAAAGCAACGUGUAUUUCGCGAAAUCAUUAGACGAACGGUUUAUCAUAAAACAAGUGACGAAAACAGAACUGGAAUCGUUCGAGGAAUUCGCUCCACAAUACUUCAAAUACUUGACGGAUUCCUUAAACUCCGGGAGCCCUACUUGUCUUGCUAAAAUCGUGGGGAUUUAUCAGGUGACUGUGAAGCAUUUGAGAAGUGGGAAUGGGAAGGAAGUGAAGAUGCAUGUAAUGGUGAUGGAGAAUUUGUUCUUCAAGAAACGUAUUUCUAGGGUUUAUGAUCUGAAAGGGUCUGCGAGGUCUCGUUAUAAUUCGGAAACCGGAGCAAACAAAACACUUCUGGAUAUGAAUUUGCUGGAGGCGUUACGAACGAACCCCAUUUUUCUCGGAAGCAAAGCUAAACGGAGCCUGGAAAGAGCGGUUUGGAACGACACGUCAUUCUUAGCGUCAAUUGACGUGAUGGAUUAUUCGUUGCUGGUUGGAGUUGAUGAAGAGAGUAAAGAAUUGGUUUUGGGGAUAAUUGAUUUCAUGCGACAAUACACGUGGGACAAACAGCUUGAAACGUGGGUAAAGGCGUCGGGAAUUCUGGGUGGGCCCAAAAACGCUUCACCAACCAUAAUUUCUCCAAAACAAUACAAGAGAAGGUUCCGGAAGGCCAUGACGAGUUAUUUUCUCACAGUACCUGAUCAAUGGUCGUCGUAAUUAUGAAGAAGGUUAUGAAGGAUUGGUUAAUUUGGGGUUGUUGUUGAUGUAUUUUUGGGGUGAAAUUCACCCUUCGAUAUGUUCUUUUGUAUACAAAUUUGGGCAGGGGUUCUUGAUUUUUUUACGAAAGAACUUGACAACUUGUACAUGUGAGGCUUCUGCUUGGAAAUUACAUUCCACGUGAAUUAUUGGUGUAUUAGAUGUGCCCUUUAUUAAAUGAAAAUUCUGGUUACUUUAUCUUAUUCUUAUGGUUCACUUAAAUGCACAAGUACAAGUCCUCAAUGCACAACAGCUGUUCAGAUUUUGGUUUCUUUAGCGUAUGGGUCACACAAAUGGUCCUUUUUUCAGAUCUCCUUUGAAUGUUAAUACAAAAGUUACAAGUCUGAAUGACAGCAGCACAUGAAACGAGGCUUCUGCCUGAAAAAGAUCAUAUGCAUGCCCGUUUGUGUGGUUAAGUAUUAAUGCACAAAGUACAAGUCAUUAAUAAGAGCACGUGGAAAGAGGCCUUUGUAUGAGUGUACACUUUUUUAUAUAUAUACGUACCUUUGCUUAUGUAAUUAGUAUUGUGUGAUAUACAAGUUAUUAUUGCAUGAAAGCAUUAAAAUGAUUGUAGCCGCUUGGUUGUACUGUCAUUAUUUAUAUAAUAUAGAAGUUAUUAUUUGCACAAGAUCACAUGAUAAAAAGCUUUUCUGCCUUGAAAUUUCCUUCACAUGAAAGGCAGGCUCCACUCAAAUGUCAAUGGUCCUGAUUAA